AUGCGCAGGCGCAGACUGUACCGGAUGUCGCGCAUGCGCUCAGUGGACAAAAGGCUCAGGGGGCUUCGGCGGCAGGACCUCCUCACCUUGUCUACCCAUGUCGUUGAUUCCAUUAAGUACCAAGACUACUGGCUGCUCACCCUCACCCUUGAGAAUGCCAUGGAUCCAUUCCGAGACAUUUCUGAUCCUGGCACCAGGAAGGGAGACGGACCAUUCAAAUGUCCUGUGUGUGGGAAGAUACUCACUCGGUCAUCUGAUCCACUGACAAACGAGCGGGUUUACACUGGACAGAGGGCGUACGUCUGCUCAGACUGUGGGAAGGGAUUCACUCACUCAUCCAACCUACAGACACACCAAACAGUUCACACUGGGGAGAUGGCAUUCGCCUGCUCAGACUGUGGGAAGCGAUUCAGUCAGUCAUCUUACCUACUGAAACACCAGUUAGUUCACACCGGAGAGAAACCAUUCGCCUGUUCAGACUGUGGGAAGCGAUUCACUCGGUCGUUUCAUCUGAAGCUACACCAGUCAGUUCACACAGGAGUGAGGCCCUUCACCUGCUCUGAAUGUGGGAAGGGAUUCACUCGGCCAUCCUACCUACAUUUACACCAGCGGGUUCACACUGGGGAGAGGCCGUUCACCUGCUCAGACUGUGGGAAGGGAUUCACUCGGUCAUCUUCCCUAUUGGAACACCAGCAAGUUCACACUGGGGACAGGCUGUACACCUGCUCCGACUGUGGGAAGGGAUACACUCAGUUAUGCAACCUACAGAGACACCAGUUAGUUCACACUGGGGAGAGGCCGUUCAUCUGCUCAGACUGUGGGAAGGGAUUCAUUCAGUCAUGUCAACUGAAGGAUCAUCUGCGAAUCCACACUGGAGAGAUGCUAUUCACCUGCUCUGAAUGUGGGAAGGGAUUCAAUCGGCCGUCCCACCUACACACACACCAGCGAGUUCACACUGGGGAGAAGCCAUUCACCUGCUCACAUUGUGGGAAGGGGUUCACUGAAGCAUCUCCACUGAAGCGACACCAGCGAGUUCACACGGGGGAGAAGCCGUUCACCUGCUCUGAAUGUGGGAAGGCAUUCACUAGCUUAUACGGCCAACAAAGACACCAGUCAAUUCAUACCGGGGAGAAACCAUUCACCUGCUCGGACUGUGGUAAGGGAUUCCCUGUGUCCUCUGAGCUGAAACUACACCGGCGAAUUCACACUGGAGAGAGGCCAUUCACCUGCUCUGAAUGUGGGAAGGCAUUCACUAGCUCAUCCAGCCUACACAGACACCAGUCAGUUCACACUGGGGAGAAACCAUUUACCUGCUCAGAUUGUGGGAAGGGUUUCCCUCACUCAACUCAGCUGAAGCAACACCAGCGAGUUCACACUGGGGAGAAACCAUUCACCUGUUCAGAUUGUGGGAAGGGGUUCCCCCACUCAACUCAACUGAAGCUACACCGGCGAGUUCACACUGGGGAGCGACCGUUCAUCUGCUCUGAAUGUGGGAAGGAAUUCAGUCAGUCAUCCAACCUCGUGACACACUACCGAGUUCACACUGGGAAAAAUGUGAAAUAAGUUGCCUGCUGGAUAUUUAACCAUGACAGUGGCUGAAUCCAGAGCGAGCGAGUUCAAAAGUGACUUGAUGUUGAACUCUGCAAUUAUUGCUGCUGGUUGUCACACCCAGUUCUGCAGCUGGAUCACUGGGUUUUGCAGGAGUUUCUUCUGCUGAUAUUCACCUUUAAUGGGUAUGGUGUUUAAUAUUCUGGAUCUGUGACA